CCCACUACACCACCAACACAGCGGAAGAAACAAAACUGACAGACCACAGGCAACGAUGUCAUUGCGCAGGCCCAGUCCGGUACCGGUAAGACGGCUACCUUCUCCAUCUCGACCCUCCAGAAGAUCGACUCCAACGUCAAGGCCUGCCAGGCGCUUAUCCUCGCCCCCACCCGUGAGCUCGCUCAGCAGAUCCAGAAGGUCGUCGUCGCCAUCGGUGACUUCAUGGACGUCCAGUGCCACGCCUGCAUUGGUGGCACCAGCGUCCGAGACGACAUGAAGGCCCUCCAGGACGGUCCCCAGGUCGUUGUCGGCACUCCUGGCCGUGUCCACGACAUGAUCCAGCGUCGCGUCCUCAAGACCGACCACAUGAAGAUGUUCGUCCUCGACGAGGCCGACGAGAUGUUGUCUCGUGGUUUCACCGAGCAGAUCUACGACAUCUUCCAGCUUCUGCCCCAGAGCACCCAGGUCGUCCUUCUGUCCGCUACCAUGCCCCAGGACGUCCUCGAGGUCACCACCAAGUUCAUGCGCGACCCCGUCCGUAUCCUUGUCAAGAAGGACGAGCUUACCCUCGAAGGUAUUAAGCAGUUCUACAUUGCUGUUGAGAAGGAGGACUGGAAGCUGGACACUCUCUCCGACUUGUACGAGACUGUCACCAUCACCCAAGCCGUCAUCUUCUGCAACACCCGCAGGAAGGUCGACUGGCUCACCGACAAGCUCACUGCCCGUGACUUCACUGUCUCGGCCAUGCACGGUGACAUGGACCAGGCACAGCGUGAUGUCAUCAUGAAGGAGUUCCGUUCCGGAUCUUCCCGUGUCCUCAUCGCCACUGACCUUCUCGCCCGUGGUAUCGAUGUCCAGCAGGUUUCCCUUGUCAUCAACUACGACUUGCCCGCCAACCGCGAGAACUACAUCCACCGCAUCGGUCGUGGUGGACGUUUCGGACGUAAGGGUGUUGCCAUCAACUUCGUCACCGCUGACGAUGUCCGCAUGAUGCGCGAAAUCGAACAGUUCUACAGCACACAGAUCGAGGAGAUGCCCAUGAACGUGGCUGGUAAGUGCCAAUCGAUUCCUACAAGUUCAAACUUGAUUGCUAACCUUGCCGACAGACCUCAUCUAAGAAGUUGUGUACUGCUAUCUUCUUGUCGCCGCCUCGCUCUGCCCACUAACGCUUCGGUGGUGCAUUGGAUAGAGGCGGUGAUCUUCUAAUACGAGUACACCUGCACGGCCAGGUGUUCUCUCUGUUUGGUCCGGUUCAAAAGUGGUUCGAGGUAGGACGAGUGAUCGUCUAUACAUCGCGGCAUCUUGGCGUUGGUCUCUCAUGUGCGAAAUGAUUUCCCUAAAAGAAUGUCUGCAUAUGAUAGACACACGAUGCUUAGCUGACGGAUGGGUCUUUUUCUGCAAUUUCAUGCUAUUUUCCUAUGUCCUCGAGGA